UCUAAUUUCCGCGAAGGCACGGCCGGCUGUAGACGUGGUGGCCCGGGGUUUGCCACGUCGGAGGGCGAUCGGCGCGACAGAUCGCUGAUAGAUCCUAGGAUUUCUUCGCGAUCGCGAAACGGGAAGUGGAAGAUUGCGGAAGAAGCAAAGAGGCCGCGGGUGAAAAGACGCGGAGCCGUUCAUUUUGGACGGAUUUCUUGAACGGGAAAUCGCUCUCGCUCAUCAAGCGACAGGCAUCAUCGGCAGACGGUGGGUCGAGCCUCGCGAACAACGUCCGGUCUUUGCCUCUUCCAUGUGAAGGUUGCCCUGUCAUGGCUAUCGCCCUUCUGGGCAAGUGCGUCGCGCUGCUGGGUCUCGUCAUACUCUACGCCACCUGCUAUGGCUUCCGGAUACGCGACGUCGUACCGCAGACGCACCAUCAGGCCGUCUGCGUCCCGGCGCACGGCAGAGCCUGCCCAACGGACAGAACGGUGACGACCGGGGGACUUUCGGCACGGAAAUGGCACGAGGAUACGGUUCCGCGGACCAUCGCUGGUGGCCGGAAACCACCUGCCGAGUCGACGUCAGAUGUCGGGACGGAAAGAGCUCGAAUAGAGAUCACUCAACAUCCGAGAGACAGGGAUACGACUGGAACUAUGCCGAGGAGUUCCAGGAUAGAAAGUGACGAGGAGGAUGACGACAAGGAGGAGGAAGAAACGGUUGUGGAAGUGGAAAGCAUGGAGGAGGAUGAGGAAUCAGUGGGAGAUUCUGAAAGAGAUCAGGCGGAUGGAAAGACAAAUGGAGACGAAGAAGAAGAAGAAGCAUCUGAGGCUGAACUAUCAGAUGAAGAUGCUGAGGAUAAGAAAAAAAAAGUGAAGAAAAAGUUUCCUACUGAUGAUGAUAAUGAUGAUGAAGAUAAAGGUGAAGAAAAGGAUGAAGAUAAAGAUGAAGAUAAGGGUGAAGAUGAAGAUAAUGGUGAUGAUGAUAAAAAAGUUUUUAAAAGAGAUUCAAAGAAACAAGUGAAGGAAAUUAAAACUACAAAGAUUAUUAAAUCUAUGAAAUAUAGUAAAACUGAUGAUAAUGAUAAGAAAGAAGAUGAUAAGAAAGAAAAAGAAAAAAAAGCAACCAAAAUAGAUCAACAAAAAGUAAUAGAAUCACUUAAAAAACCACUUAGCGUAUUACAUAAAAAACAAGAAAAAGAUGACAAAGAUGAAGAUGAAGGUAAAGAAUCUGAUAUAAAAGAAACCACCCCAGCACCUAGAAAAUUAGAGAAAGUGAGGCUCGCCGAUAAAGACAAAACGAGGAUAGCUAAAAUUUUACCUAGUAAACCCGAUGUGGAAAAAUCAAAACAAGAAGAUAAAAAAUCAGCCGAUGUUGCGAAACCAGCGGUUGAGAGCGUGAAAAAGACGAUCGAAAGCACAAAGAAAAUUGAAUCGAUCGAUAGCACGAAAGAAUCCGUCGACGGCACGAAAAAAUCAGUCGAAAGUGCCAAGAAAUUAACUGAAGGCACGAAAAAAGUUGAAUCGGUGAAGGCUACUCCUAAACCUAAACCUAAACCUGAAACUGCAACGAAGACAGACGAAAAAUCGAAGACGCAAGUGAAACCCGAAACUUUAACACCUGCACCGAAGAUUAAGGAGCAAGCGAAACAACCGGAAAGGGCGGAUGUCAAAAAAGUAACAGCAAAACCAACUUCGAGACCGUCGAAGGAAGUUUCGCAAGCGGAGAAGCAAGAGACGAAGCAAGAGCCGAAAUUGAAGAAACAUGUAGAUGCGUCUAUUACAUUGUCCGAAGUGAAUGAUGCAAUUCUGCGUGUGCCGACCUUCGUGCCAAAUUUUACGAACGUUGAAAAUCCGGAAUGUCAGCAACAUGGCAAGAUAUUCCUGCGACAAUUGAGAGGUUACAAGUUGUGGGCGCUGCAAAUGUUAGAUUCGAGCGCAAAGAUUCCGUCGAGCUUGUUACGAGGAAACGUGAAUCAGUUCGGGGAUUACGAUCAAUGUUUGGGUGUGCUAGCGCAUGUUAAAAUAGACGAAAAGACGAUAAGAAUUCAAGGGAAAUAUUGUCUGGCUACUGUGGAUCUGCAAGCUUCCCAUUCAGACAUGAGACUGCCGGUCAAUCUAAUGCAAGCUCGCACUUUUAUACGAGGAAAUAUGCACGACCCAGGUCAUUUCAUUCCAAAAUUCACUACAUUGAAUUGGGCGCUGUGUUUACCCGCGGCGUGUUCUGCUGAGGACGCUAAACGUGCGUUAGGAAGUACCUUAAAGGAUUACAAUGAAACUGUUGGAAUUAAAUUUACGGUUGACGUCGAUCCUAACAUGUGUUACGUCAAGCAAAAAUCUCAGACCUAUUCGAAAGAGACGAUCGGCGUUUUGUAUUUUUACGCUAUGAUUGUUUGUCUCGUUAUUGUAGCGACUGUGAGGGAUUACUUCGUGGAGACGCGAGGGAAAGGAAAUUAUUCUGAGAGGAUAAUCAUGUCAUUUUCCUUACGAAGGACGAUUAAAGCCUUAUUGAAGGAAGCGACGGACGCUGCGGAUAUUACGUGUAUCUACGGAAUAAGAGCACUGGCUACGAUCGUUCUUUACGUUGCCCACCAGCUUAUAACAAUUUCCCGAAUACCGUUUAGCAACCGCACUUUUCUUACCGAGAUCGCCAAUAAUCCGGCCAGCUCUGUUCUGCGAGUAUCGUUAGUUUACACGGACGCGUUUUUGCUGCUAAGCGGUGUUCUCACCGCUUACAACAUGGCGAAGGAGCUGAAGACUCGCGGUGAAAUUCGCUGGUUUUGUCGUUUUGUUGCCAGAUUUAUCAGACUUUCACCGGCGUUGCUCGCGGUGGUCUUCUGGUAUGCGUUCGUGAUGGAACACAUCGGCUCGGGCCCGCAAUGGAACAGCGUCGUCGCGGCGAACGCGGAACUCUGUAAGAACAACGCGUGGACGAACCUGUUGUACGUGCAGAAUUUUUUUCCAUUCGAGGAGAUGUGUGCCACGCAUACGUACCAAUUGGCCUUGGACAUGCAACUGUCGCUCUUGGCGCCUAUCCUAGUCUUCUUCCUGCAAUACAAACUCCUCGUUGGUAUCCUUCUGAUGGCCUUCCUCAUCCUGCUAUCUGCCACUCUUCGUUACAUAGCGACAAUGAACAAUUAUCUGUCUCUCGUCAUCUAUCACGGGAUAUCAUUAAAGCGCCUUUACAAGACUGCCAAUUUAACUUACGCGCUGCCGCUGCACAGAGCGACGCCGUACGUCUUCGGCGUCGGCCUCGGCGUGCUGUUGCAUUACGUUGGGAAUAACGUCAGGAUUCACAGGGUGUUAGUGAUCUUGGGUUGGUUGAUUGCGACGGCCAUGGGCUCAUGGUCGUUAUUUUCACCCUGGCGCCAGGCCAGGCGGGACUACGUGUACGACGCUGAAGAGGCUACUCACUAUGCAGUAAUCGGACCGGUGCUGUGGGCCGCGGCUCUAUGCUGGUCAAUAUUUGCCUGCUUCACGGGGCACGGAGGCGGCGUUAACAGAUUCCUCUCCAGCUACUGGCUAGUGAUCCUCAGCAGAAUAUCGUACGCCGUGUACCUAACGCAAUUCGCAGUAUUUUUCUACAAUGUUGGGACCACGAGAUUCUCUACGGAGUUUCAGCCUCAUAGAGCAAUUGAUCCUCUGGAAGUAGCGAUAGUGAUAGCCGCGUCAGUCGUUUUGACGUUACUUUUUGAUCUUCCGAUGCAGGAGGUGAAGAAUGUCAUAAUGGAAAGCACGGACGUUUCGGCGAUCGAAGUUUCCGAGGAAAAAAAGACACGCGCGAGCGAGGAUAAAAAUGCCGAAACCGUGAUGGAAACCGCAAAAGUGGCGGUCAAACAUGCAAAUAGUUUCGAGGAUGACGAAAUCGCGUCCACCGGGUGGGACUGGCAGAAGGAUAUAGCUCACGGUGCUACCAUUCUCGAGAGGCACGACACGGAAGAGGAAAUAGUAGACGUACCGACACUGAAGAAGGUGAACGGAAGGCGAAUGUCAUUCAUCGAUCAUGAUUCCGAAGAGGUAUCGAGCAAAGAUCGAGCCAAGCUAGUGACUAGAAAACCAUCCAGAGACACGGAGAGUUACACGGAUCGUAAGAUAGGUAUAAACAGUCAGAGAUACGCCACGGAUGACUCUGAAGAAGAAACUGUCGAAUUUCUCAGAAGUCAACGGGAACAUGACGAGGCUGUUGCUCAGCGGAACAGGCGUUCGUUAUCCAGGACCAAAGAUAAGAGACCGUCGUCAAGGGAUAGAGAAAGUGACGAAGAAUGGCAACGUAGAAAAAAGAUCGAGGGCGAUUCGAGGCAGUACAAGAGAUCCGAAUCCAGAGGAAGAACGUCGGCCAAGGAAGCGGACGAUCGUUCUUGGGAAUUCGUCGGAAAGGAAGGUUCAUCUGCCAGAGAACAGCACGAAUCGAAACCGCUCCUCGUGAAGUCGGCGGAUAUCACGAGAAGAACGUUCUCUUCCGAGAGCGAGGAUGAGCCGUCGACCCAAGGAAGAGCGAAGCCGGUACGCGCUUCGAGUUCCGAAGCAAAGACAAGCGACGAGGAGGAGUGGGAACGUGAGUUGAGAAUACGAAGGAAACAGUUUAUGGAAAAACUGAUUGCUCAGCAGCGCGAAUCGUUGGUUGAGGGGGAGAGCGAGGCCAGCGUGGAAUCCUUGACACGCAGAUCCUCAGCGGAGGGUAGGAUAGCCUUGCUAAGGGACGAUAUCACGCCUGAAGAUAACAUGGACUCGUGGACCGUUAGCGUUGGCCCACGAAUUGCACUUCUUGGAUCCUCUCAGGAACCGAGUGAGCCCGAGGAGGAUAUUUACAUGCGACGUAGGGAAUAUCGCGAACAGGGUCCACCAUCGAGAGAAGACAGUCUGAGCGAGGAAGAGACAAGUCUGGACACGUCGAGGAGGCCAUCCUACACCAGUAGUAGUCAGAAAACGUCCAUGGAAGAGGAGGAUGUUAACAACUAUAACUUCAUGUUGACCCAGGGAAGCAAGAGAGAAUCCCUGCAAGAUCUGUCGCAGUUGUCGCAGGAGGAAUUGGCGAGUGCCGGUUGGAACGUCGUGAAGAAAGAAGGCGAUCUCUCGAUCAAACCGACGUCGACUGGCUUGUUCAAACGAGAGUCCAUCGUGAAGAGUCAAGCGAGCGAGGAGGAUCCCGAGUACCUCCUGCCGGAGAGGCCCAAACUGGUUCAGCAAGAGCGGGAACAUCCCUUCAAGAAAGCUUGGCAGAUGCAGAAGUCUAAAUCGGAGGAGGAAGGCUUCUCGGUGUAUACCAUAAAGGAUUCCAAGGAGCAGCAAUCCGAGACUAAGACGAAGGAACCGCCAAUUAAACGCGAACAUAGCGGUGAACAAUCCGAGGAUAUCGAAUUGUUCGCCAAUGACGAAUCGGUCGAAGCCACCGUGGUGCUAAGAGGUAGGAGCACCGAUACGGAGGAUACAAGGACCGGCUCGACGAGAUCCGGCACAGACGAGACAGAUUCGGUCUCGACGGAAUGCAGUAGAGCUAUGCGCGACAGAAAUCACAGGCAGAGCUCGACGAAAUCAGAGACCGACGAAGAUUCCGCGAAAUUUAAUUGGCCCGGCGAGGAAGAAGAAGAGGCGGCGGAAGAUGAGAUCUACGAGGCUGGCCAGAAAAGGAAGUCGGAAGAAACGGACUGGGACUGGGAGCGCGAGGAAACUUGACGAAAAUGAUUUUAGACGAUUGUAUAGAGUGACUAUGUUUUACCUUCAAAUUCGGUUGAAGGUAAAGACGAGAGGAAAUAAUGGCCGGAUUGCAGCGAUCAGUUGUGCGAUUUACAAGACAGAAAAUACGCUGGCGAAUAUACAUGGAGAAACGGUGGAAAUUUAUAUUAAUCGUUAUAUCAUAUAAGUUAAUAAAUUAUAAAGAAAAUAUUAUAUA